GACCCAACUAUCUCAAUACCAACACCGAGCAAUCAAGAUGCCUUCGCCAUGGAACCUCCCAUCUGCCUUGAUUGGUCUGUUGGACACACCAGAAAUAGAAAACGAAACUGAUUUCGAGUCGAUGGAUCAAUCCGAAAUCAAACGGACUGUUAAUCAUUUGGUGGAUCGGCUUACGAGUUCGUCGGAGUCAAUUGGCGAUUCAGAGAUCUUUCAAAAAUUCCAGAGCUUAUUGAAGCACGCUUUGAGCAUACCACAAACAGCGCUUCAUUCGAUCCUGGACGUAUUGCUGUUCGGCUUCGAGGCCGAAGUCACAUCAACCCUUCGUGAUGCCAACCCAAGCGACCACACGGCCUACAAAUCGCAUCGGGCCAAUCUCGAACGAUUCGGAUUCCUCUUGAUUUGGCUAGUCGAGAUCUGCGAGAAACGUAGAUUAACAGAAAGGGGAAUUGAAGGUCACUCCAAUCCUAAUCUCACCGAUAAAUCCAAGUCGACCAAAGCAAAAAACUCCAAAUCCAAAUCUCGACAACCCUCAUCCGAUAAGAAUGCCCCAUUCGAUUGGACAAAUCAAAUCCCUGAUAUUCUCAACGCGAUGUUGAAAGCUCUUAGCCUAAAAACCGAAUUCAUUUGGCCCACCUCUCAAGAGAGGGACGCGUUUGUAGGAUGUUUUACCAAACCGGUGUAUCAAAUCCUUGAGAUGAAAGCGUUUGCUGAUAGCGUGGCUAUUCGGGUUCCUGCUUUCAAGAUCAUUUGUACAGCCGCCAAGAGUCAUGGUCAAACCUACAGCACACAGACUUCAAUCCUUCAAAAACUGCAAUACUUUGAUCAUUUAUCAGAAUACAUGGCAGAAUUGACCCACUUACUAGUCGAGACUAAGGAUUUACCUCAAGUGGCUGAUUCGAUCCUCCGUGAAAUCAGUUCCAAAACAUUUUCCGCUCAAGAUACCAAAGGCCCGCGAAGUUUCUCCCGAUAUUUAGUCAAGUUGACCACCCUUUCUCCUCGCCUAGUAUUUCGACAGAUCGUCAUGCUACAAAAACAUCUGGAUAGUGAAAGCUAUGUGAUGCGGAUCUGCCUCUUAGAAGUCUUUGGGAAAUUGAUCGAAGCGCUGAGUCAGGAUGACGAUCAACAAACUCAAAACCCACCUCAAACCAAUCGUAAUCCUAAUGAUCUCGAUGAGAAUGAACAAGUUGCGAACCCCUCUGGAAACGGAAGAGAUAAAGAAAAACAGUCCCAGGUCGUCAAGUUGGAUGGCUUUUUCAACCUACUCUUCGAAAGAUUUUGCGAUUCAAAUACCUUCGUCAGGGUCAAAGUUGUCAACAUCUUUGAGGACAUUUUAAAGCUCACCGUGCCUUUUCCCAAACAUCGAUUACGCUUGGCCUCAAGAGCGCUGCGCUCGUUGGAAGACAAAUCCUCUCAAGUCAGGAAGCACUGCAUGACUGUAUUGAGCAGACUGAUCGAGACUCAUCCCUACGGUGUCAUGCAUGGCGGCGAGCUUGGAAUUGACGAAUGGCAGGCUAGAUAUGACGCAAUAGUGAAAGAGCUAAGCGUGUUUGAUCUGCCUGGUAACGGUGUGGAUGAAGAAGUACGAAAGAUUAUGGAAGGUGAAGAAAAGGAGGAAGAAGACGGAUCGGGUGCCCAGGAUGACGAGCCGACUUCUGAGGCCAACGAUUCCAAUGCUGAAAAUAGACGUUCUGGUGAAGACGAUGAGUCGAUGUCCGAUGGGAAUUCUGGCAGUGACAAAACAACCAAACGCAACAAGACACCAAGGCCGAGUCAAGCUGAUAUGGAUGCGGCUGCUGGAGACCAACAAGCAGCCCUCUCGAAUUAUGAUCACGAAUCCUUAAUGAAAUUACGCUUGACGAAGAAGUAUUACUCGGAUGCGAUCCAGUUUAUUCAAAUUUUACAAUCUGCCGUUCCAUCGAUCGAAAAACUCUUGGCAUCCAAAGUGAAAUCUGAGGUUCUGGAAGCGAUCUACUUUUUUAAGACCGCUUGGAAUUAUAAAGUCCAAGGUGCUCAGGAUGGGAUUAAGCGGAUGCUUCAUUUGAUUUGGUCAACAGAGAAUUCGACGGUCGAAGAAACUACCAAGGAUGCCGCAGCCGGAAACGAGGAUGGCCCUAAGGAAGUGAAAGAGAUUAAAGGGGUUCGGUUUGCUUUGAUCGAUUGUUAUCAAGAGCUUUAUUUUGCUCCACUCGUCAGACAGCCAGGGGAAACCGUUUCGGCUUAUGCCAAUAGGAAUAUCGCUAGAAUCACUCGCAACAUGAUUGAACUAACGUACCAAGCAACCCUUGCCGAGUUAACUUCCUUGGAAGAGCUCAUGGGCGUGAUGAUGGAACGAGGCUACGUGCACGAAGACGUAAUCUAUAAGCUUUGGGAAGUUUAUAGUACGAGCAAGGAUAUACCUAAACAACAACGACGAGGGGCAAUAAUUGUACUUGGCAUGUUGGCCGCCCCACGUCCAAACGUGUGGCUAUUGGCUUGGGCCCGAUCGGGAAGGGGCGAUCUGGUUCUUGCCCGAUAUUCUUGCAUCGCUCUCAGUCGGAUAGGGGGUAGUGCCAAGAAGGUUAAGGGCUCUUUGAUUGACCGUAAUAUCCGCCUCCCCUUGGAUAAUCCAGUUUUUCGGAAGCUGGCAGAUAUUAUUCAGACUCCAACUAGAAGCAAAGAAUGGUUUGCUAUGGCUGAGCAAGCAUUGAACACGAUUUAUGGACUGGGAGACCAACCGGAUCUUUUAUGUACAGAAAUUCUCCAGACCAUGGCCCUGAAAUGUUUCGAAGGUGUUCCAGAGGAACCGAACCAGUCCGACGCCAUGGAGGUCGACCCACAGAUUAUACCCGAGUCUCAAGUGGAGUCGCAGGAGCAACCUACUGAAACUCAACGCCCCACUUCACCUGUGAGGAAUUCAGCCCUAUCGUCAAGUCAAGGUCCUCGUCUACUGGCCGAUUCAUUUGCGUUAAGUCAAGUGAUCUUCCUUGCUGGUCACGUCGCCGUCAAACACUUGGUCCAUCUGGAACUUGUGGAGCGCGAAUUCAAGCGACGAAAAGCAGAGAGUGACGAAUUGAAAAAGAAGCAGAAUCCUCGUAAGACCGGCCAUAAUGAUAAAGAUAAGGAUAUCGAGGGCGAAGAGUUAGAUCAGGUUGCCGGGAAUGUGGAAGAUGAUAUUGGCGAUGUGAUUGCUCACGCAAGAGAGAAAGAACUUCUGUUCGGUCACCAAUCUCUCCUCGGCGUGUUUGCGCCGAUGACGGUCCAGAUCUGUGGCCUACCGGCGGUGUACAAAGUAAGGAGUCUUUCUGGCUAG